AAACCACGACCGUGACUGAGUGGGGCUGGAUUCCUCUUCAAUGCACCCUGGCUCCCUGAGCAAAAUUUUCAACUCUGCAUAGCCAAUCGCUGCAUCGGUCCGCGCAACCUGGGACCCUGAGCCAUGAAAUCCUCGAGUGACUUAUUUCAGCAAAAUCAAAGACGACAACAAUAAGAGACUGCAAGCAACUUUCAGCUCAGCGCUUCACUCCCGUCCGCGGUUCCCGUCCGACCGGCAGCCCGGCGCAGCCUCGGUCCUCGCUCUGACGUCACGAGCGCGCCCGGAAGUGACCGUCAGACUUGAGACGUCACUCGGUUGCGCCGAGCAAGGUCGCUGCUUACCAGUUGCUGGGAGGAGGCUAAAGGGGAGUUCCUGGGUCAGGAUCAUGCCUCACAGGGAGCGCUUUCCUGGGCAGCAGCGGCCGGUGGGCUUGGGAUGAAAGAAGCAAGGCAGAUGCAAAAUCUGGAGAGCACGGGGGCCGGGCGGUCAGUCAGCACCCAGACUGGCAGCAUGACCGGUCAAAUACCAAGACUUUCUAAAGUCAACCUUUUCACUCUGCUCAGUCUCUGGAUGGAGCUCUUCCCAGGAGUAGAAGCCCAAAAGCAAAAAUCUCAGGAAAAUGAAGAGGACAGAUGUGGACCCUUAGGAGAUAAUGAAGAGAUGACCAGAGAAUCUACAGACAAAAAACAGGUGAAGAAAACUGGUCUUGUGGUGGUGAAAAACAUGAAAAUUGUUGGUCUCCAUUGUUCUAGUGAAGAUCUACACGCUGGGCAAAUUGCUCUUAUUAAACAUGGGUCAAGGCUGAAAAACUGUGAUCUUUAUUUUUCCAGAAAACCAUGUUCUGCUUGUUUGAAAAUGAUUGUAAAUGCUGGAGUUAAUCGAAUUUCAUAUUGGCCUGCUGAUCCAGAAAUAAGUUUGCUUGCUGAGGCUUCUAGUUCUGAAGAUGCAAAAUUAGAUGCCAAAGCAGUGGAAAGACUGAAGUCAAACAGUCGGGCUCAUGUGUGUGUCUUACUCCAACCUUUGGUGUGUUACAUGGUGCAGUUUGUAGAGGAGACUUCUUACAAAUGUGACUUUAUCCAAAAAAUUACAAAGACAGUACCAGAUGCUAACGUUGACUUUUAUUCUGAAUGUAAACAAGAAAGAAUAAAAGAAUAUGAAAUGAUAUUUUUGAUUUCAAAUGAAGAAAUGCAUAAGCAAAUCCUGAUGACCAUAGGCCUGGAGAACCUGUGUGAAAAUCCAUACUUUAGCAAUCUGAGGCAAAACAUGAAAGACCUUAUCCUACUCUUGGCCACAGUAGCUUCCAGUGUGCCCAGCUUUAAACACUUUGGAUUUUACUGUAGUAAUCCAGAACAGAUUAAUGAAAUUCACAAUCAAAGUUUGCCACAAGAGAUUGCAAGGCACUGCAUGGUUCAGGCCAGGUUAUUGGCAUAUCGAACUGAGGAUCAUAAAACAGGAGUUGGAGCAGUCAUUUGGGCAGAAGGGAAAUCUAGAAACUGUGAUGGAACUGGAGCUAUGUACUUCAUAGGAUGUGGCUAUAAUGCCUUUCCUGUUGGAUCUGAGUAUGCUGACUUCCCACACAUGGAUGACAAGCAGAAAGACAGAGAAAUAAGGAAAUUCAGAUACAUCAUACAUGCUGAACAAAAUGCCUUGACAUUUAGGUGUCAAGAAAUAAAACCAGAAGAAAGAAGCAUGAUUUUUGUGACAAAGUGCCCGUGUGAUGAAUGUGUACCUUUAAUUAAAGGUGCAGGCAUAAAGCAAAUCUAUGCGGGGGAUGUAGAUGUUGGAAAAAAGAAGGCAGACAUCUCUUACAUGAGGUUUGGGGAACUUGAGGGUGUUAGCAAAUUUACCUGGCAGCUGAAUCCAUCUGGAGCUUAUGGUCUUGAACAAAACGAGCCAGGAAGGAGAGAAAGCAAAUAAAGAAGGUGAAGCUCCUUGAAGUGAAGUAACUUAACCAAAGAUCUACGAUCCAUGAGUGGUAAAGCCAGAAUUCAAACCUCAAUAGUCUUUUUCUAGAAUCCAUGCACUUCUGCCUUGUCAUACCAUCUCUUUAUACCAGGAGGAAUAAUCACAGAUGUCUACCUUGGUGAGGAGAAGUGUCCAGGAAGCACUGAAGUGUGUCUUGAUCUGUUGUGAUCAUGGGAAUCAACCAGUCCAAUGAUGUCCCAAACUGCAGAAUGUAGUACAUGUGGUGGAAACCACAGCAACACACAUCGUGGCUCAACAAGAGAAUAACUCAGUUAUAUGAAUUUUCCAGAAUUGUCCUACCUUGUGAGGCAGUAAGCUCUCUAUCACCAUGGGGGUGUGAGCACAAGAUGUCAUAGGAGGAAGAUUGAUGGGUACCUUCCCUCUGAUUAAGGUGGAAUUUAGAAGGCAAGCAUCUCUCUCCCAAGUGAUAUUUGUAAAGAAACUAGAGAUAUUUCACUUGCACAGGAAGGAGUUCGGGGAAGAAAGAAUCCAUGUUAUCACAGCCUAAGGAACUAUGUCAAGACCUCUGUUCUCUUAACUGAAAAAGAUCUCUCUCGUCUGCAUUCCCCUAUUAUGUUAUACUCAGACCCCUUUUAUAACAUUGAAAAAGAAUACAGUUGUGAAAAAGUCAGUGGACAAGUUAGACCACAAUUUACUUUUUUUUGUUUUGUUUUGUUUUUGCCAUGUUGGGGAUUGAACCCAGGGUCUUGUGCUUGCCAGGCAAGAGCUCUACCAACUGAGCUAUCUCCCCAGCCCACUGUUGGUAUUUUGAUUGAUACAACUUUUUAGUGUGGGGCAUUGCCCCAUGAAUUAUGGGACAUUUAGCCCCUAAAAGAGAAGCCAUGCAUAUUGCAGGGGCAAUGAUAGACUAGUUAAUACGUAGUGCUAGAAAAUGGCUUAUGCAUGUAGAAAAACUGAUAAUGAAUUUUUACCUCACAUAAUACUCAAAAUCAAUUCCAUAUGAAUUAAAGAGGCAAAGUAAAUCUUUUCAAGUUUCAGAAGAAAACAGAAUAUUUUUAUGACCUGGAAUAGAAAGAACAAGUUAUACAGAAUACAAAUAAUGCUGACUAUAAAAGAAAAAAUUCACAAGUCAUAGAAUACAUUUCGGGUAAGGGCUUGUUUCCUCCAAAAGACAUUAUAAAGAAAGUAAAAGGACCAGCCAUCCCCUGGAAGAACAGAUUUUCCACAUCUAACAUAUAAAAAAAAAUCCUACAAAUUUAUAAGGAAAAAAAUUAAUAGAAAAUGUUAGGUUUGGGUAUUUUACAUCAUCAGAUAUGUAAAUGUCUGAUAAACACAUGAAAAGAUGAUCAUACUCAUCUUUUAAGAUCACAUUGAAUCAACCUUUUUAUUCCCAUUGGAUUUACGCAAUUUAAGUUCGCCAAUACCAAAUUCUAGUGAGGAUGUGGAUUAUUAUGAAUUUGUGUAUGUUACUAGGGAGAUUGAAAAUUUUAUAACCACUUUGGAAAAUAAUUGGACAUCUUUGUAAAGCUGAACAUGCAUUUCCCCAUGACCCAGAAAUUUCAACUUCUAAGAAAUCUUGCAUCUUGUAUAAAAGACCAAAAGACAACAAAUUCAUUGUGAUGUUAUUCUUAAAAACAAAAACUGAAAAUGACACACAUAUUUAACUUGUGAGAUUACAUUAAAAAUAUAGUAUAUUCUCACAAUGAACUACUACUUAGCAGUGAAAAUAAGUGAACUAUUGCUCCAUUCUUCAACAUGGAUGAAUCUCAGAAAUAUAAUGUUGAACAAAAAAACAAACACAGAAGACUAUCUUAUGAAUUUCUAUACAAAGUUGAAAAAGAAAGCAAAUAGCAUAUUAUUUAAUGUAUGUUGUAGAAUCAUUUUUAAGAAACAAUAGAAGGAUAAAUACAAAAUUCACGAUACGGUUAUAUCUGAAUGGGGAGAGGGGAUGGGAAGAGAGAGGGAGUACCUGGUAAUUGGUAAUGUUCUAGUUGUUAUUUGGGACAGUAGCUUCUUGUAUUUUUUAUUUUUUCCCUCCCAUGCAAAUAAUUACUGCAAAUUUAAGAAGGACAAUUAUUUUGGGAGCAGUAGGUUCUUAAGUGUUUAUUUUAUUAUUAGGCUUUGGACUUCCCGUCUGUAUUACAUAUAUUCUCUUUUUUUAUGUUUCAAAUAUUAUAUAAAAAGACAGUUGAGAGAGGGGGGCUUUCAGAUCCACUCUGGAAGGCAAGUGCCAGAACCUGGUCCAGGUGUCCUUGGGACUUGGAAACAGCACAGCGGAACACACCGGCUUGUAGGGCAGGCAGAUCCCUCAAGAGCACAGAAGCAAAGGGCAGGAGACUUGCAGGUGACAGAUGUAUUCAUUGACUUGACUGUGAUGGCGGUUUCAUGGAUGUGUACUAUAUCAAACUCGUCAAAUUGUACACUUUUUAAUUUGCUCAGCUUAUUGUGUACUUUAAACACAUAUGGGUUUUUUUGUACCAAUAAAGCUAGUAAAUAAAAAUAAGGGGUUGAAACCAGGCUCCUCUCCCAGUCUGCCCUGUUGGAUAAGGCCACAUUCCUUGCACAGAGAAUAUGAAUGUGAGAGUCCCCCAUACUCCCUGCUCUACAGGUGCUUCCCUCCUCUCCCUGGAGGAUAAGUAGGUGGAUUAAUUUAAUGAGACCAGGGUAAUCACCAACAGGGAUCGAUUUUUGUUUCUUCCAGCCUAAUAAUAAUGCCUUUCCCCCAAAAAAGUUGAUGAAGUAUUUUCCAUACACUGUUGAGUGAAUCCAGUUUUUAAAAAGUGAUCAGACACUAUAUUGAGUUACCUGGAUUCAGUAUUGAUUGAAGAAAUGAACAUUUGAGUGUGGAAUGUUGAAACAGUUGAGAAUUUGAAGGUAAAGUAAAUGAAUGGUCCCUUACCUGAAGCUUUGUUUUGCUCUUCCAUCUUGCGUGACUGAAGCAAGUCCCCGUGUGUUUGAAGUGAUGUUUCCUGACUCGAAGUUGUUCUUGCGUGCUAGAUGGUGUGCUGAGAGCCCUGCCUGGGAGCGAGGAGCAGCACCGCAAGAAGCUGUGUCUGGGAAAGCCCUCGGAGGGCCUUGCCACACUGCAGUGAUGCCUCUGGAGUGGUUGUUACACCUCUGAAAUUCAGCCUUCUUAACUCAGAAAAUGAGGAUGGAUUUCGUGAACCACUGAGAAGUCUUUUAGGAUAUGAAUUAUGUUGAUGACAUUUUUAUUCUAGACUUAUUUGUGUAUUUUUCAGGAUAUGCAAUGUGUUUAAUACUUUAAUGAUAUCAAUGUCAUCACCAACAGGGAUUGAUUUCUGUUUAUCUCAAUUUCUGUUUGAAAGCCAGUUUGAAAGGGACUGGCUCACUGGAGUCAUACCUCAAAAGGGAAUUACGUAUCUUUUGAGAAGUAUUAAUUCCUUUGGAUUACAAGGGUGACAGUAAAUUGUCCAGGGAAAUAAGUGACAAUCUCUUCAUCUUUUAAGAAUCCAUGUAUAACUAACCAGAAGGGUCAUGUUUAUACCCAAAUCUUUCUAGCAUUCAAAAAUUGCUUAAUAAGGAUUGACUAGUCUCCGUUUUGAAAAUAUAUUUUUAAAAAUAGUAAUCUCUUUGGCUGGAGACAGAGCCCAGUGGUAAAGUGCUAGCCAGCAUGCACAAAGUCCUGGGUUUUAUCCCCAACACUGCAUAAAUAAAUGUAUGUUAGUUUAUCCUAAACUUUUUAUUUCACAGUGAUUGUGGGACUAGAGUCCAGUUACGCCACUAAUUCUGGCUAGCACUAGGAAGAGAAUAUUAUUCUGAAGUAGUAUUGCCUUUUUUUUUUUUUUUUU